CAUUGAGUCAUCAUCCAUAAAACCAUAUUCCAUCGCAAAAUAAUGAAAAUUGUACAUACAUAUUUCGAUGCAAGGUUUAUUUUAAAAUAAAAUACCUACAUUCAUAUUUAAAGAACUGAUUUAGAAUCGUUUAAUAUAUUACUUAUACACUUAUUGCAAAAUGUCCGAUAGAUUGAAGAGUACGAAUAGUGUAUCGAAUGAAGAUGUUAUUGAAGAUUUAACAAAGAAUUUAGAGUUUUCUUUACGUGCUGGCGAUACCCAGGAAAAGGAAAAUCCAGAUCUAAAACCGAAGGAUUUUAAUGCAACUGGUGACAGAGAACCUACAAAAUCAGAUUUCGCAGACAUUCCAUUCGACGCGGAGGAUGAAGACACAGAAGCCCAGCAGAAUAGUGAUAAAGACGAUAAUGAUGACAGCGAUACAGACUCCAUCGAUGAAGUAUCGUUGAAAGACACGGAAAUGAGCUUAACGGAUGACCAAAAGGAGGAACGGAAAAUCAUUUCUGAAGAACUUAAGGUGGCGGGCAAUGAGGCUUUCAAAGUUGGCGAUAUGAAACGGAGUAUAGAGAAAUAUACUGAAGGUUUAAACAUCUGUCCGCUACAGUUUCCAAAGCAAAGGGCGAUAUUAUAUUGCAACAGGAGUGCGGCCAAAAUGAAACUCGAGAAACACAAACACGCUAUAAAGGAUUGCACUAAAGCUAUUGAGUUGGAUGAAAAUUACUUAAAAGCGUACCACAGGCGAGCACAGUCAUAUGAGGCCACAGACAAGCUAGACGAAAGUCUGGCAGAUUAUAAAAAGGUUUUGGAAUUGGAUCCGUCACACGCAGCUGCGCGCGCAGCUGUCAUCAGGUUGCCGCCAAUGAUCGAAGAGCGAAAUGAGAAGUUGAAAACGGAAAUGUUGGGAAAAUUAAAAGAUUUGGGCAAUAUGAUAUUACGACCGUUCGGUUUGUCGACGGAAAACUUUCAACUUCAGCAAGAUCCAGAUACAAAGGGAUACAAAAUUAAUUUUAAGCAGUAAUUUUUAGGUUAUGGCUGAAUUGAUAAUAAAUGUAUGAAGCUUU